AUGCCUUCUCCCAUCGAGACGUGGUACACCGAUAUCCCUCCCAUUACGCGCAUCUAUAUCACUGCCUCAUGCUUGACCAGCCUCGCCGUCCAACUGGGUCUUGUUCAUCCUUUACAACUAUGGCUCAACUUUGAUAGCAUUAUCAAUGGACAUCAGUGGUGGCGACUCGUAACCAAUUUCCUCUAUUUCGGCCCAUUAUCCAUUGAUUUCCUUUUCCACAUGUUCUUUCUUGCACGGUAUUCAAGGAUGAUGGAAGAAGGCUUCUUUCGAAAUAAACCGGCAGACUAUGCAUGGUUAUUAAUAUUCUCGGCAGCAUCACUCAUCUUUUACUCGACAAUACUACCAUUUGCAUACAUGCCAUUUCUUGGAUCUCCAUUAGCAUUCACCAUGGUGUAUAUCUGGGCAAGGAGGAACCCCUAUGUACGACUCAACUUUCUCGGUCUAUUAUCCUUCAAUGCACCUCAUUUGCCAUGGGUGCUUUUAUGUUUCUCGCUUCUUCUUGGUGGCCAAUUACCAAUGGGUGAUCUUUUGGGUAUUGCAGUCGGUCAUGUAUAUUACUUUUUUGAGGAUAUUUGGCCAAGAGAUCCAGCAAGUGGGGGUAGGCGAUGGUUGGAAACUCCAAGGAUUAUCCGUUGGCUUAUUGAAGGAAAUCGACAACAACCUGACAGCAUUGAUAUUGCAAACGAAGAAGAAGAGGAGGAGGAUACCACGGCGCAUCAUCAGGAACCUUCGGAUGAACAACAACAACAACAACAACAACAACCAGUGGCAGGUCCAGCAGCCGAAUAA